AUGGCAAAAUCAGAGAGGUUAAAAUCCUUUAGGUGUAAACAACCACAGUUGAGGGUUGAUAAAUACAAAUGUCUGCAUGAAAGUCUUAUAAACGAGGAUGUAGAUGCUGCAAGGCUUAGCAAAAAAACCAUUCUUCCCAGUACUUUUACUGGUGGACCUAGGUACAUGAUGAAUAAUUGUAAAGAUGCAUUUGUAAUUUACAUAUAUGCAAGAUAUCCUAACUAUUUUAUCACUAUGACCUGUAACCCUAAAUGGGAUGAGAUAAAAAGAGAAGUGACUCCCAUUGGAUUAAAGACAGAAGAUCGCCCUGAUAUAUUGUGUCGAGUUUUCAAGAUCAAACUUGAUGGCUUGAUUGAUGACCUAAAAGAGAAAAAAAAUUUUGAUGUUUGCACUAUAGAGUUUCAAAAGAGAGUACUUUCGCAUGCGCAUAUCCUUUUAUUCAUGAGUAACAAGUUCAAGCCACAAACACUAGAUGACAUAAACAAACAUAUAACAGCUGAGAUUCCUCAUAAAAAUGAAAUGUCAAAUCUACGUGGAACUGUUCAAAAUUACAUGAAGCCACACAAGCUGUUGAGGAAAUUAGGAAUUACUACGAUUGUAGGUACAUCUCGACAUGUGAGGCAGUCUGGUUUAUUUGGAUAUGAAAUCCAAGAGAAAGAAUCAUUUGUGAUUAGACUUCCAUUCCAUUUGGAGGAUGAGCAACUUAUGGUUUAUAGUGAAACUUCUAAUGUGAAUGAUAUCGUCGAAAGAGCAAUAUCUCAAGUUCAUGUUUUUGGGACGGAUGGCGGCGAACAUGUCAUAUCUCUAUGCUCGAAGUCUGACUUAUGCUGA